UCGUCGCACCCAGCGCGACUGCAUUAAUGAUAUCUGUAGAGAAACCCAAGCCAUUCUCUGUUUGUUUACUGAAUGUGUUUUUUCUACGCUUAUUCGUGUGACGUAAUACGAUUUAAUAUGCUUUUAUAUUGAGCGAGUCAAAUGCGCGCGCCCGUACAAAUCCUCAAAACCUGCAGAAAGACACACGGUGCUCGUAUUGUUAGAGAAGCGGAGGGGACUCCUACACGUGAAGGAGAGAUGGAAAUGCAUACCUCAUAAAUGCCUGGCAUGCAGACAUACCAACACUGGAUGGACAUGCAUUGAAAAAAACUAGAUCUGGCUCAGCAAAAUGGAGAAGCGCCCUCUUAUCCGUGCAAUUUCAACCUUGUGUCAAACAACAGAUAAUUAAUGAGGGAAUGGAGGAGCUCCGAUUUUCUUGAUUCAACCCGUCCUUUGCAAGUCACAGCACAGACGGCUGCACCAUGGUUCUGCUUUGGGCUCUGUGCUCCAUGCUGACUGUAUGCAUAGCCAUCAAUAUGGAGGCUACCGGGAGCCAUAGCAUGUUUAGCUGUGAGCCUAUCACAUUGAGGAUGUGCCAGGGCCUUGCCUACAAUACCACCUUCAUGCCCAACCUUCUGAAUCACUAUGAUCAGCAGACCGCUGCUCUCACCAUGGAGCCCUUUCAUCCUAUGGUGAACUUGGAGUGCUCUACUGAAAUACGGCCAUUCCUGUGUGCCCUUUAUGCACCCGUGUGCACCGAGUACGGUCGUGUGACCCUGCCAUGUCGCCGCCUGUGCCAGCGGGCUAAGAGCGACUGCUACAAGCUCAUGGAGAUGUUUGGGGUCAGCUGGCCAGAUGAGAUGGAGUGUAGCAGGUUUCCCGAAUGUGAGGAGUCGUACCCUCGAGCGAUAGACCUGCUCCCCAGCAGCGACGGCACUGAGGAAUCUCCAUCAGCAGUUCAACGGGAUUAUGGCUUUUGGUGCCCGCGAGAGUUGAAGAUCGAGCCCGACCUGGGUUACUCUUUCAUGGGCGUCCGUGACUGCUCUCCUCCCUGCCCUAACAUGUACUUCCGCAAAGACGAGCUCAUCUUCGCCCGCUAUUUCAUCGGCGUCAUUUCCAUCGUCUGCCUGUCUGCGACUCUGUUCACCUUCUUGACUUUUCUCAUCGACGUGGGUCGCUUCCGCUACCCCGAGCGUCCCAUUAUCUUCUACGCCGUCUGCUAUAUGAUGGUGUCUCUGGUCUUCUUCUUGGGCUUCCUGUUGGAGGAUCGUGUCUCGUGUAACACAGCAAGCCCGGGUCGUUUCCGAGCCUCCACCAUCACUCAAGGAUCCCACAACAAGGCCUGCACGCUGCUCUUCAUGACCCUCUACUUCUUCACUAUGGCAGGAAGUGUUUGGUGGGUCAUUCUCACCAUCACCUGGUUCCUAGCAGCCGUUCCCAAAUGGGGAAGUGAGGCCAUCGAGAAGAAGGCUUUGCUGUUUCAUGCGGUGGCUUGGGGUGUCCCUGGAGCCCUCACCAUCACCCUGAUGGCCAUGAACAAAAUCGAGGGCGACAGCAUGAGUGGUGUGUGUUUCGUUGGCCUCUACGACCUCAUGGCUUUGCGCUGGUUCCUGUUGGUGCCACUAGUGCUGGAUGUGGUCGUUGGUGUGGUGCUGCUGUUAGCAGGCAUCGCGGCGCUAAAUAGAGUACGAAUGGAGAUCCCACUAGAGAAGGAGAACCAGGACAAACUGGUGAAGUUCAUGAUCCGCAUCGGCGUGUUCUCCGUGCUGUACCUGGUGCCUCUGCUGACGGUCAUUGGAUGUUAUUUGUAUGAACAGAGCCAUAGAUCAGUGUGGGAGACCACCUGGGUACAGGAGCGCUGCAGAGAGUAUCAUAUCCCCUGCCCGUUUAAGGUUGAGAAGACCAGCAGGCCUGAUAUCGCCCUGUUCCUCAUCAAGUAUCUGAUGAUGCUGGUGGUGGGCAUCCCGUCUGUGUUUUGGGUCGGCAGUAAAAAGACCUGCUUCGAGUGGGCCAGUUUCUUCAGUGGGCAUCGCAGAAAAGACAGUGCGGUGCAUGAGAGCCGUCAGGUGCUGCAGGAGCCCGACUUCACCCAGCUCCUCCUCAGAGACCCCAACACCCCCGUGGUGAGGAAGAGCAGAGGCACCUCCACUCAGGGCACCUCCACCCACGCCUCCUCCACACACCUGGCCAUGCUGGACGAGCCCCCGAGUGCCAGCACCAGCCGCGCCGGCAGCACCCGCAGCAAAUCCAGCAGCUUCCAUGGCAGCCUGCACCGCUCCAGAGACGGCCGGUACACGGCCGGCAGUUUUCGCGGUGUGGAGGAGCGCGUUUCUCAUGGGAGCUCCCUGCGCCUCAAUGAGCCGCUCCAGCACUGCGCCUUCAACCGUCUGGACAGCCAAUCACGGCAAGGCAGCUUGCAGCGCCUCGAGAGCCAAUCAAGGCACAGCAGUGUUCGAGACCUCAGCAUCACAGCACAGGCCGUCCAGAGCAGCCCUGGAAACGGCAUCCACCGCGUUAUGGAGGAGGACGCGACCAAAGCAUGAACUUUACCACAGAACUACUCGUGAUGGAGCCACAAAUACCAGAGCGUUCAAACUACACUGUUUACUGUGCUCGUUCACUGGGAAUUUAACCCGAAGCCUCAUGACACGAGUUGAGCAACGCCAUGAACAAAAGGGACUUGAAUUUAUUUACUUUAAAUUUGACUUAUAGUCAGAGGAUUUCAAGAUCAGAAGAUACCAAAGACUUGAAAUCCUUUAGCGUAAACUACCAACAGAAGUCUGGGGUCUGUAUGCUUUUUUAAAUUUCAUUUCAUUUGUUUAUUAUUUCAAACAAUUUCACCUACCUUUUUAUCAAAAAUCAUAAUAACAAAAAUAAAUAAUAAUACAAAUUAAAUAACCAUAUUAGAGUUACUUUUUGUCAUUAAAUUCUAUUUUAAAGUGUAAUACUAGGGCUGUGCGAUAUAGCAAAAACCUGAUAUUGCGAUUUUUAUUUUUUUGCGAUAAAUAUUGCGAUAUGAAUACAGUUUCACAAGAUAGUUGAUGGUUUCUAACAGUAAGUCUAACAGUAUUCAGGUACAGAAAUUAAAUAGUCAUAAUGCAAAUAUCAAGUCCCAAUAUCAAAGCAUUCUUAGAGCAAGGAAAAAUAUGGUUUAGUUUUCACCAUCAGAAGAAAUAAGUGAACAUUUUUAAGGAAAGUUUUCCAGUGAGGUAAGUUAACUAAUCUUGUACUUAAUACUUGAAAUGUAGAUAUUUGGACUAGAAACAAGAUAAAAAUUCUAAGAAAAAAUGUUUAUGCAUAAAUCAUAAAUUACGUAUAAAUACAGUGAUUACAUACAAAUCUGCAGCUCCUGGUCUACUAUAAUUCAGGCUUAACAUAGCUUAUCUUUGCGAUGUGACUAUUGCAGAUGCACACAUUGCGAUAUCUAUGCUGAAAUAAUAUAUUGUGCAGCCCAGUAUCUAUUACUAGGGCUGGGAGAUAUGGCAAAAAUGCAAUCUCUAUAGUUAUUUUCCAUAUUAAACAAUAAUAAUAUAUAUUUCGAUGCUUUUUGUUGCUUCCAGAUUUUAGAAAGUACCCCAACAAUAGUUAUGUUUCCAUACAAAAAUGCAAAUUAACUUGGAAUAUCGCAUAAAAGAUGAAAUAAAUCAGCGUUUAAACGUGCGAAUAAAUCAGUGUUUCCAUCCAACAAGUCAAAGCAAACAAAACCAUCCCUUCUUGAUUAAGUGGCGCCAAAUAUCAACAGUAAAAAUGUAAUUUGCAGCAGUCAGAGAAGCUGCGUGAAUCUUUUCUUCAUUUAAUAAAUGACUUGUGCCUCAGAAGGCAAUCCUGACACCCAGUGAACGUGUGGUGACGUGUGAAGACGUGAGACGCGGAGCACAGACGCUCUUGAUUCUGGAGGUCAUUAAUAAUAUAAUAACUCUAAUACUGAAAUGGUUAAGGCAUUUUAGAAUAACCAAAACAACAUUUCAGAUGUUUUAAAGUGUGCUCAGCCUGCUGGUUUGUCCAUCCACACACGUUAUCAUCACAUGAUCUCUUAUAAUAAAAUCACAUGACUUUUUUAAUGCGCAUACUGGAAUUUGUUCGGUAAAAGUCUUUCCAUCGCACUUUAUGUGCAUCUUUUCUUAUUAAAUAAAAAGUUUCUCCUACUCAGUUAUGCGCUUGUUUUUUAUGCGCAUCUUGGCAUUUCUAUCAACCGUUUUUUUAAGCGCAUAUCCAAAGUGCGCAUAGAAAUAGGUGGAUGGAAACGCAGCUAUUGACUGAAGCCACAAAAAUUAGAAGGUUCAUUAAAUGGCCAUUAAAACAUAUUUUCGGCCUAUAAAUUUCCGUUGGCCAAAAAUACGGUGCAUCUCUAAUGUCAACACACUUUUAGAUUCCCAUUGUUGCACAUUUCUGCUGUGUGAUUGGCUCCUCGAUCAAUAUAGAGUAUAAAUGUCCAGAGUUUAUCAUCGUUAUUGACAUCAGUUUCAUCGAAAUUCGAUAUAAUAUCAUUUAUCAGCUCAGGCCUAUCUAUCUAUUACAAUAGACUAAAAUUAUUUAUACAGUAAUAAUAUUUCAAAAUCUGCCUUUUUGAUAAAAAAAAUGAUGCCUCAGGGAGCAUAGAAACAUUAACUAUUCAAAAACAUUAUUUAACAAAUCAUACAGACCCCAAAUUUUAGAGUAGUACAUGUAUUGUGAGCUUUUCUAAGGUGAAUCUGUGGAACCUUGAGUCAGUGUUCCUUCAUAAACAGGGUCAAGCAUGAGGGCUUUUAAUGCAUCAUUGAUCUGUGAUGUGUUGAGCCACUUGCUGUUUUAUACUCCCGUGAUUUAAGCUUUCUGUUUUGACCACAACAGAUGUGGUUUUGAAUGUUUCUUUCCAUUGUUUGUUGCACUUUUGACCGUUUUAUAGAGCAAAACUAGUGAUGGAUAUUGACAUCUGCACACAUUUGGGUCAAAUAUAAAUGGACAGUUUGCCCGAAAUAGAAAAUUUUAUCACCAAAUAUUACUUAAUUGUGAAUAUUUUUACGUUUAAACCAACCCUAAAUCCAACUGUCACAGUAACGUAAAAACAGUAGUUUUACAGAGUAUUAUUUAUGUUAUCUAUUCAAUUACCCAAUAAAUUGUAUAACCCUUCCCCAACCCUAAAUCCAAUCGUCAAAGUACUGUAAAAAUAUUAAUUAUUCACUGUAAAACCCAAAAAUUUAGGGUAACUCAAACUGUUUGAGGACACCGAUUGCAACAAACCAUUUAAGUCCAAAAACUAUUCCUAAUGAGUACUGUGAACUUAAUCCAUUUGAGUAAAUGAAGCAAUUUAAGCACAGUAAAACCCAAUAAAUGAAGAGAACUCAAACCAAUAGAGUACUGUAAAACCCAAUAAGUUAAGGCAACUCAAACCGUUUGAGGAAAAUGAUUGCAACAAACCAUUUGAGUUCAAAACUAAUUUAUAUGAGUACUGUGAACUUACUUCAUUUAAGUUGAAGUAAUGAGGUAUUUAACUCAUUACCUACAACACUGAGUUCAAAACUCUUUUUAAAUGAGUGGAAUUAACCUCAGUCAAUUUUGAGUUAACUACACUCAUUUCUUUUGAUGAAGUUGACUGUUGGAUUUUAACGUGUUGUUAUACAGUGUCAUAAAAAAUGCUGCUAUAUUGAUGUGCAUAUUGCACUUCCGGGCGGCCGUGUAUCCAAUCUAGACUUUACCGUUCAAAACUGUCCACUUCGAAGGGCCUUUGGGAAUUAAGGAUUUCAAAGGGUACAACUGAAGGACACUUUGGGUGCCAACAAUCCUUUGCGCAGGGAAAUUGAUUGGUGACGCACCCUACAUUCCAUUGGGAUGGGCUCAUCCAUAACCCUUCAAAGCUGUCACUCCAGAGGGUAAACCCUUUGAAGGGAUUAGGGGAUAGGGAUGGACCGCAGUGUUUAUGUGUGCAGGGCAUUUUUGCUAUGCACAGUGACAUCGCCAUCUAUUGGCCUGGCAUGCAAAAUACAAUGUGAAUAGGAAUUAUUUUUGACGUCAUCUGUUUGUUAAAUGUUUCAAAAAUUUGAUUUUAU